AUGUUAGCUCCGUUUAGCCUUGUAUCUGGGGUUGCAAUCCUGCUGGUAUUCCUUGUCUUCCUUUCCAAAAUAUGUCAACCUUAUAUGUUCAGAUCAGCUAACGACAACCGGCUGCCGCCUGGUCCUCCUGGUUUGCCGAUACUUGGCAACAUACUCGACGUGGGUCCUAAACCACACAUAAAUUUAGCUCUUCUUAAACAAAAAUACGGGCCGUUAAUUUGGCUGCGUUUAGGUACCAUCAACACUCUAGUCAUAUCUUCGGCAGAAUCCGCAUCAGAAAUGUUUAGAAAACAUGAUCAAUCUUUCUGCAACCGCCACUUAAAUGAGACGAUGAUUCGAGAAGACGACUCCCACAAGGGAACCAUAGCACUUAGCGAUUAUGGUCCAUAUUGGCGCAUGAUGAGACGGCUAUGUGCGACCCAGCUAUUCUGCAAGAAGCGCAUAAUUGACACAACACCCAUACGGAGGAACUGUGUUGACCAGUUGAUCGAGUGGAUAUUCGAUGAAGCCAAAUCUAAUCCGGGAAUACAUAUUGAGAUCACGCGAUUUGUUUUUGCAGCAAUCUUCAACUUGAGUGGAAACCUCGUACUCUCUAAAGAUGAUCUUGCGGAUCCUAAGUCAACCAUUACAAAUAAUUUCUUCAACUUAACUACUGAAAUCAUGGAAAUCAUAGCCAAACCAAACGUUUCUGAUUAUUUUCCCCUCCUAAGUUGGUUAGACCUGCAAGAUUUAAGAAAGAAGAUGAAUAAUAUAAAUUUAAACUUCUUGGUGACCUUACGAAUGGUUUUGUCGAGGAGCGCUUCAGGACAAGGAUGA